AUGGUGGUCAGCUGCUGGUAUGGUGGUCAGCUGCUGGUAUGGUGGUCAGCUGCUGGUAUGGUGGUCAGCUGCAGGUAUGGUGGUCAGCUGCAGGUAUGGUGGUCAGACAGCUGGUAUGGUGGUCAGCUGCUGGUAUGGUGGUCAGCUGCUGGUAUGGUGGUCAGCUGCUGGUAUGGUGGUCAGCUGCAGGUAUGGUGGUCAGCUGCAGGUAUGGUGGUCAGACAGCUGGUAUGGUGGUCAGCUGCUGGUAUGGUGGUCAGCUGCUGGUAUGGUGGUCAGACAGCUGGUAUGGUGGUCAGCUGCUGGUAUGGUGGUCAGACAGCUGGUAUGGUGGUCAGCUGCUGGUAUGGUGGUCAGCUGCAGGUAUGGUGGUCAGACAGCUGGUAUGGUGGUCAGACAGCUGGUAUGGUGGUCAGCUGCUGGUAUGGUGGUCAGCUGCUGGUAUGGUGGUCAGACAGCUGGUAUGGUGGUCAGCUGCAGGUAUGGUGGUCAGACAGCUGGUAUGGUGGUCAGCUGCUGGUAUGGUGGUCAGACUGCUGGUAUGGUGGUCAGCUGCUGGUAUGGUGGUCAGCUGCUGGUAUGGUGGUCAGCUGCAGGUAUGGUGGUCAGCUGCUGGUAUGGUGGUCAGACAGCUGGUAUGGUGGUCAGACAGCUGGUAUGGUGGUCAGCCAGCUGGUAUGGUGGUCAGACAGCUGGUAUGGUGGUCAGCUGCUGGUAUGGUGGUCAGCUGCAGGUAUGGUGGUCAGCUGCUGCUUAAGUAGCAGACCUCAAUCCGUCCGACGUGCCGCGAUGCUGACGGAUGCCACAAAGCUGAUCGUGCGACCGGGGUGA